AUUGGUUACUAGGGACAACAUACACAAACAUUGUUUCAUUUCAUUAAACUACAACCAUCACAAUCUUGUUGUUACAACAUGAAGCGUUUCGUGUUUUCUCUAGCAUGGGCUUUUGCUCUUGUGCUAGCUUCUUCAUUGGCUCAUGCUGCUGUAGUGGAACACACAUUCAAUGUGGAGGAUAUUGCUGUGCAGCGUUUGUGUCAUAAACAAGUGAUCACUGCCGUAAAUGGAAUUCUGCCUGGACCUACAAUUAACGCUCGAGAGGGUGAUACUGUUGUGGUUCACGUAUUCAACAAGUCACCCUAUAAUGUUACUAUUCAUUGGCACGGAAUUCUUCAAUUUUUAACUCCGUGGUCAGAUGGUCCUGAAUUUGUAACUCAGUGCCCAAUACGUCCUGGUAGCAGUUACACAUACAAAUUUCUCAUAACGGGACAAGAAGGAACACUUUGGUGGCAUGCACACUCAUCUUUUCUACGUGCCACGGUCUAUGGUGCCCUUAUCAUUCGUCCUCGACGGGGUCACUCAUACCCCUUUCCUAAAGUUUAUCAAGAAGUCCCUAUACUCCUUGGAGAGUGGUGGAAUGAUAAUGUCGUAGAGGUUGAGCAGAACGCAACAGAAUCCGGUUUACCGCCAAAGGAUUCAGCCGCGUAUACAAUUAACGGUUUACCCAGCGAUCUCUACAACUGCUCCAAAGACAAAACGUACCACGUGAAAGUGAAGCAAGGAAAAACGUACAUGCUGCGCGUCAUCAACGCUGCACUCAAUGCGCAACACUUCUUCGAGAUAGCGAACCACACCAUGACGGUGGUGGCCAUCGACGCUGCCUACACCCAACACUACAACACCAACAUCCUCGUACUCGCUCCGGGCCAAACCGUCGAUGUCCUCCUCAGAACGGACCAGCCCGUGGGCUCUUACUACAUGGCCUUCACUCCCUACCACUCGGCCCCGGGCGUGCCGAUCAACGCCAACAUGACCCGAGGCGUCGUAAUCUACGAGGGCGCCACGUCAGCGGAAAAGCCCGCCAUGCCGGAUCUCCCGGCCCAAACCGACACCCCGACGGCCCACAAGUUCUACACGAACAUAACAGGCCUGGCCGGUGGACCCCACUGGGUGGCCGUGCCGCGCCACGUGGACGAGCACAUGUUCGUGACUUUCGGGCUUAGCUACGACGUGUGCAGAAACUUUUCGGGAGGUUGCUCCGCGAACCAACUUCCUCUUUCCGCCAACAUGAACAACGAGUCCUUCGUGCUGCCUCGGGGCAAGGGCCUGUCCAUGCUCGAAGCCUUAUACCGUAACGUUAACGGCGUCUACACUAGGGAUUUUCCCGAUCGGCCUCCGUUUGUGUUUGACUAUACCAACGAGAACUUGACGACGUUAGUUGACUUCGCGCCUAAAUCGACGAAGGUGAAGACGCUCAAGUUCAAUUCGACGGUUGAGAUUGUGCUUCAGAACACGGCCAUCAUUGCCGCAGAGAAUCACCCCAUUCACAUUCACGGCUUCAAUUUCCAUGUUUUGGCUCAAGGGUUUGGGAAUUACAACGCCACUAGGGAUGAGCCUAAGUUCAAUUUUGUCAACCCUCAAAUUCGUAACACUAUUUCUGUGCCCGUGGGAGGAUGGUCCGUCAUUAGAUUCCAAGCAAAUAAUCCAGGUAUUUGGCUCGUGCAUUGCCAUUUGGAAACUCAUUUGCCGUGGGGGCUAGCGAUGGCUUUCGAGGUUGAGAAUGGGCCCACUCCUUCAUCCACACUGCCUGCGCCACCACCUGAUCUUCCUAAGUGCUAAGCCUGCGCACGCCAUACAUUCAUCAUUCAUCAAACAUACGUUACAUAUUUUACAGUAAAAGGAAAUAUAUAGAUUAAUUGGUUAAUGUUUAUCCACUCACUAUAUUGUGAGGUGGAUUUCCAAAACAUAUAAUUUGAUUGGGAGAAAGUAAGUGUAAUAAAAGACGAAAUAGAGCCCAUUGUACUCUGUCAAAUAACAUCUGUUAAUUUGUCAUUAUUAAUGAAUUCUUUAUUUUCUCA